CUAACUUCCAUUGUACUAACAAACGCAACAAGACUUGAUGGAUCUCCGUUUCUUGUAUCACUGACACCAAGAAAUGAGGAAAUUCCAGAACAUGAAAAUUCUGCAAUUUUAGUUGACGAGGGUGGAAAAAAGAAAACAAACACCUCAGCCUGCCAGGCCUCCGCUACACAAGAUGGCUGAUAAAGAGGCGACAGUCUACGUUAUCGACCUCGGGUCGUCGAUGGGAGACUGCAACAACGGUCGUACCGAAUCUGACUUGGACUGGAGCAUGCGCUACAUCUGGGACAAGUUAUGCACCACAACCGCCGCAUCGCGCAAGACGUGGCAGGUUGGCGUAGUGGGCGUGCGGACGGAUGCUACUGAUAAUCCCCUGGACGACGCCGGUGACCAAGGCUAUAACAACAUAUCAGUUCUCCAGAAUGUUGCUCCCAUGACCCUUUCUGCCCUCAAGUCGCUGCAAGACAAACUGGUUCCUAGCAGCACUUCGGAUGGUGACGUUGUCUCGGCAAUCGUGGUGGCAAUCGCCAUGAUCGACGAGGCGGCGCCUCAGCGUCUCAAGUACAGGCGCAAGAUUGUCCUCGUCACGGAUGGACAGGGAGCGAUUGAUGGUGAUUCGCUAGGCGAGAUAGCUGAGCGCAUCAACCAGUUGAACAUUGAAAUUACAAUCAUAGGAGUCGACUUUGAUGACCCUGAAUACCCAUUCAAAGAGGAGGACAAGUCGCAGCUAAAGGCCAGAAACGAGAAACUACUCAAGUCUCUGUCGAAUGACUGUAAAGAGAGUGUCUACGGCACGAUGAUCGAAGCCGUGAAUGAACUUGACACGCCCAGGAUCAAAUCGACAAAGCCAUAUAAAAGCUUUGACGGCCAACUGACACUGGGUGACCCAGAGAAAUACCAGGAGGGUGCUCUAAGUAUCCAUGUUGAAAGAUAUUUCAAGACAAAACAGGCCAGGCCGAUUGCCGCAAGCAACGUCAUGGUCAAGUCGGAGGCAGGUGCUACACAAUCAGGGCAGGAUUUUGAGGGUGGCGACGGUAUGGGUGGUCAGUUCACCGACUUGAGGACGGCGAGGAAUUACAAGGUCCUGGAUCCGGAUGCCCCAGGUGGCAAGCGUGAUGUUCCCCAAGAGGAACUGGCCAGGGGCUAUCUCUAUGGCAGGACUGCUGUUCCAAUGCCCGAGUCCGAGUUCAACAUAACGAAGCUCGAGACCAAAAAGAGCUUCACAAUACUUGGUUUUAUUCCGUGGGAAAAGCUAACAGCCAACAAGUAUGAGAGAUUCCUGAACAUGGGAGAAUCAUCCGUGAUUUUUGCGUCCAAGUUCAAUGAAAAGGACGAGCUUGCCUUCUCGGCUCUGAUCAACGCGCUAUACGAGACGGAGUCAUAUGGUGUAGCUAGACUGGUCGCCAAGGACGGCAAAGAGCCACAGCUUCUACUGCUGAUUCCUCACAUAGACACAGACAUUGAGUGUCUUUACGAUGUUCCUUUGCCAUUCGCAGAGGACAUUCGAUACUAUCAAUUUCCACCGCUGGACAAAGUCGUCACACUCGGUGGCCAGACUCUUACAAAACACAGGCUACUACCUAGCGACGAGCUGGAGAAAGCAAUGAGCGACUACGUAGACGCUAUGGAUGUUUCUGCAGCUGGUGGGGAUGAUCAGGAAUUUGACUUUAGGCCUCAAGAAUACGCCCCGAUUGAGGAUACGUACUCGCCAAUAAUCCAUCGUGUCAACCAAGCCAUUCGCUUCCGUGUAGUCCAUCCUGACAAGCCACUUGAUCUGGACUCUAAGGUGCUUACACGAUAUUCGGUUCCACCUCACAAGGUCGUUUCCCAGGCCAAACACCAAAUAGAAAGGCUUAUCAAGGUUGCCGAAGUUAAGAAAGGCAAGUCUUGUUUCCCACAUAUUUUACCACAGCUUGUACUGACCGGUUCUGGUUUUCAUUCUGCAGUGCCUCCAAAGGCGAAGGGCAAACGGCAACGCGAGGUUGUCAAGCCGAUCUCAGGCCUAGAUGUCGACGCCUUGUUGAACAACUCGGGCAACGGAUCCAGCAAGGCAAAGCGAGUAAAGAUCUCUGCCGAGAACUCGGUGCCUGAGUUCAAGCAGAUGCUAGCAUCGGCUGACAAGGUGGAGACUAUCGAGAACGCUACUAAGCAGAUGGGAGAGGUAGUAAUAUCAUUCAUCAAUACCAGCAUGGGUGAUAUGAACUAUGACCGCGCUGCAGAAAACAUGCGCGUCAUGAGGGAUGAGCUUGUUGAGCUGGAGGAGCCUGUGUUCUACAACGACUUUUUGAAGUCUCUCAAGACCAAGAUUGUAUCGGGAGAAUUGAACGGGGACAGGCGCGAAAUGUGGUGGAGGAUCAAGUUUGAGAAGUUGGGCUUGAUCACCAAGAAGGAAUCUGAGGUGUCCGGUGUCACAGAAGAGGAGGCCGCUCAGUUUUUCAAAACAUAA